AUGGCAAGCACGAACAGCACGACACCGGCGUGGAAGAAGAAGGCGGCGAGCAAACGGGUCGCUCAAUUUGAUUCCAUCCCGAAAGAAUGGCGACUCUCCGAUCCCAAGCCGCAACCCAAGAACACCUACGACUUCCUCCAAACCUCGGGCCUACUCACUUCCAGCGAGCUGCGCAUCACCGAAAUUAUCGAUGCCAAAGCACUCCUCGCGCAGAUUGCCAAUGGAGAACUAUCCGCUGUGGCCGUCACCACGGCCUUCUCGAAGCGCGCGGCCAUUGCUCAACAGCUGAUCGGCUGUUGCACCGAGAUGUUCUUCGCCGAGGCCAUUGAGACUGCUGCCAGACUGGACGAGUAUCUCAAGAAGAAUGGCAAGACCGUCGGGCCUUUGCAUGGUCUGCCGGUGUCCGUCAAGGACGUCUUCAGCGUCACUGGCCAGGAUACUACUGUUGGAUGGACUUGCGGCAUAGGCCAGCCGGCAAAAGCAGACGAUGUCCUUGUCUCUACGCUCCGAAAACAGGGCGCCGUGCUAUACGUAAAAACCAACAUCCCGCAAUCUCUCAUGAUGUCCGACUCGUACAACCAUGUCUUCAAGCAAUCUGUCAACGCCUUCCACCGAGAAUUGAUCUCGGGCGGUAGCUCGGGUGGUGAAGGCGCCUUGGUCGGCGCGCUGGGCAGCAUAGUCGGUAUCGGCACGGACAUCGGUGGUUCAAUACGUAUCCCAGCCAAUCUGCAGGGACUGUAUGGACUGCAGCCGUCAACUCGUCGCAUACCGUACGAAAAGUCAGGGUCGAGAGAGUACAUCGUACCUGGCGUAGCAGGUCCCAUGACGACCACACUGUCUUCUCUAGAGGUCUUCAUGGACGGCUUCCUCGCUGGACAGCCGUGGCUCUUCGAUCCUGUUCUCACCCCAUUGCCGUGGCGAAGCGAGCUGGCGGCACUACCCAAGCGUCCAUUGAAGAUUGGCUACUAUCUAGACGAUGGCCAUGUGCGGGUACAACCGCCGUGCGAAGCUGCCGUGAACAAGGCACUUUCAGCGCUCCGAGAGGCAGGGCAUUAUGUCUUCCAUUGGGAGCCCAGCGAACACGAAUACGCCUGCAAACUGUGGGAGAAGGCGGUGAUGGCCGACGGCGGGAAGCGAUGUCAGCUUCUGUGUGAGAAGGAAGGCGAACCACUGAUACAGGGCAUGGUGGUGGGCACCGAGAAAGACAGACUGGAUGUUGACGAGGGCAACGCAGUGGCCCAAGAGAUCCGCGAUUACCAGAAGCGAUAUCUCCAGAAAUGGCACGAUGCCGGUCUGGAUGCGUUGAUCAUGCCUGUCCAGCCGUGGGUGGGAUUCAAGCCCAAGACAUGGGUGAAGUCGAGUCAAUGGGUUGGCUACUCUUCCCACUGGAACCUGCUGGAUUGGGCCGUACUUGCAGCGCCUAUUGGAGUCGCGGAGCCCGAGAAGAUCGAUGUCAACGCGAAACCAGGCGAUGGCAGGGACGCGUGGGCCCAGCAUAAGCCGCGGAACGAGAGUGAUAGGUUCAAUUGGGAGCAGUACGACCCGUCGUUGGUCGCGGGAAUGCCCGUUGGGAUUCAAAUCGUAGGAGGCAAGUUCGGGGAGGAGAAUGCCGUAGCUGUUGCGAAGGCGCUGGAGGCAGCCUUGCGCACGUCGGGGGAGUGA